AUGCUGCCCUACAUCAACGCACCUUUUGAAUAUGUGGCUGGUGCGCUUGGAAAUUCGGCUGAUGAGCUCAAGCUCAUUUUCUCCUUCUACCUGUCGUAUCCUCUAGCUGCCGUGUUGAAAAGGAUCCCCGACAAGGACCCAUGGAAGAAGAAUGUCUUCGUCAUUACCGUCUCCAUGUUCUACCUUGUUGGCCUUUUUGACUUAUGGACCGGCUUGCGGACCAUCUUCAUCAGUGCCGGUGGGGCCUAUCUCAUCUCUUCCAAAAUUCAUUCGCCGUAUAUGCCAUGGAUCGGAUUUGUAUUCCUUAUGGGCCACAUGUCGGUGAACCACAUCUACCGACAAGCUGUGAAUGACCCAUCGGUCUUUGACAUUACCGGAGCUCAAAUGGUCCUGGUCAUGAAGCUGACUGCUUUCUGCUGGAACGUCCAGGAUGGUCGCCUUCCGGACUCUGAGCUUUCCGAGCAACAGCGCGCCCACGCUAUCCGGACAAUGCCCAGCAUGAUCGACUACGUCGGCUAUGUCUUUUUCUUUCCUGCCCUCAUGGCUGGUCCAGCCUUUGACUACGCUGAUUACAGUCAGUACAUCACUACGACCAUGUUCACCCUCCCACCAGGCACCGAUCCGUCCAAGGCACCCCCAACGCGCAAGAAGCGGAAGAUUCCUCGCAGCGGCAUGCCUGCCGUAACCAAAGGAGUCUACGGAACUCUCUGGCUGGUCGCAUUCAUCAAAUUCUCCAGCUGGUACUACCCUGAAUUCUACCUCGGGGAUGAAUACAUGCAAUACAACUUUUUCCGCAGGAUCUGGCAGCUCUACAUGCUUGGUCUUACCACGCGUAUGAAGUACUACGCAGUUUGGAGUCUAUCUGAGGGAUCUUGUAUCCUUUCCGGAAUCGGCUACAACGGUCUUGACCCCAAGACUGGUCGAGCUAAAUGGGACCGUCUCACCAACAUCAAGCCACUCGAGAUUGAGGCCGCGCAGAAUGCUCGUGCUUACCUUGGUUUCUGGAACAUCAACACCAACACUUGGCUGAAGAACUACAUGUAUCUUCGUGUGACACCAAAGGGACAGAAACCUGGCUUCAGGGCUACGCUUGCUACAUUUGUGACUAGCGCAUUCUGGCAUGGAUUCUACCCUGGCUAUUACAUGGCGUUCAUUCUGGCAGCUCUUGUACAAACUGCUGCGAAGAAUGGCCGCCGAUUGAUCCGUCCGCUGUUCAUGACGCCAGACGGGAAAUCACCUCUACCUUCGAAGCGAUACUACGACCUCUUCUGCGUCGUCCUUACACAGACUGUGUUUGCGUUCGUAGUCGCUCCCUUCAUCCUUCUUGGCUUUUCGGAUACGAUCAAGAUCUGGGCACGGGUUUACUUCUACACUCUCAUCGGUGUGGCCGGAUCAUUUGCUGUCUUUUCGCGGUCGUUCCCCAUCCGCAAGCAGCUCGUUCAACUUCAGACGGCUCGUGCGCCCCCAGCGGCAGCCACCACAUACGAUGAUCCUGCCAUUGAGAAGGCAGCACGGGAAGAGAUUCGACGAGAAAGGCUAGCGAGGACCAACUCGUCAGACAGUGUCAAGAGUCACGCCAAGAUGCCUCUCCUGGGUAUUGCGGAUGAUCCCGAGGCGGAGAUUGACGAGAUCGUGGCCGAAGUCAAGGCUGAGAUCGAGCAAAGGAAGAGGAGGGGCAGCGUGAUGCAAGGAUUUGAUCUCAAGCAAGCCGUGCAGGACAAGCUGAAGCAGUUCAACAAAAAGGGGUAG